UAACUGAUCAUGCAUGUAUGUUUCAGCUCUUAAACAUUCACCGUCUAAGAGAAAAAGUAUUAGUCGACCAUUACGAUCUAUCGAAGGGGAGCUUGAUAUUACAGUUGUCUCGGCAACUGGAAAUACUUCAAAACAUACCACAUCACCUUCGACACUUGAAGAAAAGUCUACUACUGGUGAUUCGAUGAACAUCUUAACUGAAUUACCCGUUGCAACAUCGACACCAAUUAAUUUACCGACUACAAUCACAACAUCAGAUGGUCAAGCUACAUUGCCAUCCCUUGCUAUAACUUCAACAGUACGUGCCAGUUAUCCAGCUGUUUUAAAAGGCAGAAGUGGAGCUAGCCCGCCCAUUCCUAAUUUAACACCGUCUGGAAAGACACCUCCACCCGUACCACCUAGAGGUACCCGAAAAAAGGUUGAAGAUCAUCGUGGUGAAAAUAUUUCUUCAUCUUCUUCUACAUCCGGUCGAGGUGACGUCAAUAUCGCGAGUAGAUUGCAUGAUCAUAAAGAAAUAACUGGUAUUCAAGAAAAAAUUGAUCAAAAAACCUAUCCUUCGUUGUUGCACGCACUGAUGCAAUAUGUUCCCUAA